GCAAGGUGUCAAACGGUUUGUUACAUUUGGAUUAUUAACUUAAAUCAAAGCUUUGUGAAAUAAUUAAAGACAAUGUAUCGUUUAAUCACGCUGUCGACGUUUUUGGUUUUUUGUGUUCUUCAAUCAAGCAUCAAUGCUGCAGUAACACCGUCACCUUACAAUGCAUUUUACGUCUUUGCUGGCGAUCAUAUUCACAUCAUCGAACCAGAAAGCAGAACACUUGUUGGUACAAUAACAAACAUAACGACACCAGGACUUUGUGUGAAAGGAGGAAGCAGCAACGCGUGUAGAUUCACUGAUGCCAGAGUCAUCAACGGACAAAUGUAUGGCUCAGAUUAUUAUGGAAGUGCAAUAAAAAUCAUCGAUUUGAAAACACAAAAAGUCAUAGAAAGAAUUCCAACGGAUACUACCCCCAGAUACAUGUAUGAUGUGCAUUGGUACAAUGAAAUAUGGGUACACUCGUGGACUCUCUCUACAUUUGCCGUCGUCAAGACGGACAAGCGCAUUCUUACCCACAAAGCUGUACGAGCUCACACUACCCCAGGAUGGACCCAUGGUGAUAUGUUGGCAGAUGAAAAGUUGUGGGAAGGUCGAUAUGGCUACGUCUCUCAUUUUGGAAACGAUGGAAUACAUAAAGUAAAUUUGGUAGACAAAUCGUACGCAGGAUACGUGAAUCUUUCAGCAUACAACUGUACAGGCACUUGGAGAAUGGGUUACUCUACUUAUAAUCAGCGUGUUUACGUCGACUGCAGACAGAAUCGCCGCGAGAUGCGAACACUUGAAAUGGAUCCAACAACUGACAGAGUAACCCGAGUCUUCCAAUUUCCAGGAAAUCCCCACGUUUCUCCAAAUGGUCGUUUCAUAGUUUCGGUAUACAAUCGUUACGGCGUCAGUACUGUCAACAUACUCGCUCUGUCCGGAAUGGACGUAACGCAUUACCCUAAACUUUCUUUCAACGCUGAAGGUGCAACAGAUGUAGUUUUUUACCCCAAGAGUACAAAUCCCGAUUCCUACAAUGCAUUCGUGACUUUUCAAAACACAAAUAGAAUGGCAGUCAUUGAUUUGGAUUUGGCUUCCGACAACAACAAUAAUGCAGUGAAAUAUAUCAAUGAUGUUGGUGAAGUAGACACAACUCGUCGACGUCGUUCGCGAAAGUUAUUUAUUAACGGAAAAUGGAUCAUUUCGGUGGCAUCGAAAUCCAACGAGGCCGUCAUCGUUGAUGCCGAGACCCAUAAGGUUCAUGGGAAAAUUCCAAACGUUGAUACAGGAGAUUUGGUACUUUGGGUCAAUUCAGGGUCCAGUGGUCCCAAGUCCUUUGUGGUGAUGACUUGGCUUUGCCUGCUCUUGAAAUUUUUCUUCUAAAUCUGACACCUUUUUCCAGUUACAAUAUCAUUCUUUUCCUGUCCUAAUUUGUAUAUCAAACACUGUAUUCUACUAAAUACACACAUAAUGAUGACAAUUGUCGUCAUGUUUUCCUAAUUACAAUUUAGCAUUGCUAUGAUCAUGUUUUUGAUAUGGACAUCCAAACUUGAUCAUUUCGUUUGAUUAAAUUAAUGGACAAGUAGCUUAAAAUGCAAUCCUAUAUUUCAUGAUUACUGUCAGCCAUAUAAAAAAGUAUGAACUUAUGACUAUUCAUGUAGAAUUCAUCUGAUAUUAAAUUAUUUCUUGUGGUAA